CGUCGACCACCCCGUGUGACCCGACACCACCGAGAACAUCGCCUCGACGAGGCCCUGGACGAUCUCCACACGGUAGAGAGGGCCUCGCCCAGCGAUCGCACCGCUAUUCGUCGGGCCCGUCGUCGUGUCGGCCGCGUCAAUUCGGCCAUCACCCAGCAACUGCUACGCAGCCGCUUCGACAAGGAAGAGAAGACCUGCGUCGAGGAAAUUCUGGCCGCGGCGCGCGCGCAGCGUGCGUCUGCGCACACGACAGCUUCCUGCAAUGGCACAGCGCCACCCCCGGCGGCUACUGCUACAGACGAUGGCCUGUGCCCCAUCCCAAGCGCCGAGCUCUGGCGGUUCUUCGACGGCGUCAACACACCACUGCAGGAAUUUGUCCCGGACGCAGCGACGGGCGCCACCUUCCGCUCAGCCAUGGCCCGCCUUCCGACCGCGUCCAGGUUUCGGGAGCUGCUUACGGAGGCACCGACGCUGGACGACAUUGAGACCCAGCUCCAACACGUCCGUGGCGCCUCCAGCCCUGGCCUCGAUGGCGUGGGGUACGACGUAUACCAGAAAUUCGCCGUGCAACUGCUACCAGCGCUGGGAGCCGCGUUCAAGCGCUGCUGGGAGGCCAAGAAGGUGCCGCUGAGCUGGAAGCUCGGAGUCGUGCGGCUGCUCUACAAGAAGGGAGAACGCACGGACCCGGCAAACUGGCGACCCAUCUGCCUCCAACAAGCGGUAUACAAGCUCUACAGUGGCGUCCUCGCACGACGACUGGGACGAUGGCUGGACGCCAACGACCGCCACGCACCAGGACAGAAGGGCUUCCGUGCGGUCAAUGGCUGUGGGGAGCACAACUUCCUCGCGGCCACGCUUGUCGACCAAGCCCGCCGCAAGCGCCGCACUCUCUUCGAAGUCUGGUAUGACUUCCGCAACGCGUUCGGCAGCGUGCCGUUCGCACUCCUUUGGGACUCUCUCGCGCGACUCGGCGUUCCAGACGACUACGUCGCCAUGUGCAAGGGGCUCUACGAGAGCGCGGCGUUCGUCGUCGGGAAUGCCGAGGAUGGAACUACAGACCCGGUUCACCUGCGCGUCGGAGUGUUCCAAGGCUGCCCACUCAGCCCGCAGCUCUUCAACGCUGCCAUCAGCCCACUGCUCUUCGCGCUGCAGCGACUGCCGGACACGGGCGUGCAGCUGUCCACUGACGACCGCCUCGGUGCUUCGGCGUACGCCGACGACCUCAAGACCUUCAGCAGCACCGAGGACGGCAUCAAGCGGCAGCACGCUCUUGUGGUGGACUUCCUUCGCUGGACCGGCAUGGCAGCUAACCCAAGCAAGUGCUGCACCAUGUCAGUCCAGCGGGACCACCGCGGCGUUUUGAAGACGUGCGACCUCGGGCUGGAGCUAGACGGCGACCCAAUCCCAGCGCUCGGUAUGGCCGACUCGUACUCCUACCUGGGGAUUGGGGACGGGUUCGAUCACGUCCGCCGCCGCGUCGAGCUCGCACCGGCGCUCAAGCAGCUCAAGGAUGACGCGACGGCACUCCUCCAGUCCGGCCUCGCCCCGUGGCAGGUGGUGAAGGCGACGAAGACGUACCUCUACCCUCGGGUGGAGUACGCGCUCCGACACCUUCGCCCCUUCCAGCAGCAACUGGAAGGCUUCGACCGGCAUCUGGUACGCGGCCUCCGACACCUGCUUCGCCUGCCGGUGUCGGCCACCACUGAGUUCCUCUACGCACCUGUGUCGCGCGGUGGUCUGGGGCUGCUGCCGCUGACGGAGCUGCACGCGGCGAUCCAAGUGGCUCAUGGGUGGCAGAUGCUGCACUCCAAGGACCCUGCCAUCCGGCGCAUCGCGCGCGUACAGCUCCGGCAGAUCGCCGACGCGCGGCACCGCGUCGACACUCAGGCGUGGGCAGACCGCGAGGACGAGCUGUGUGAGAAGCUUCUCAACUCUCAGCUGGGCGCGUCGCCCGACGCACCACCGAAGCGCCGCAACGGCGACAUUGGACAACUCUCAGCUGGGCGCGUCGCCCGACGCACCACCGAAGCGCCGCAACGGCGACAUUGGUUCACUGUGGGUGGACAUCCAGCGCCAUCUCCGCACGCUCGGACUCAAGCUCGAGACAGCGCCGGCGUGCGUGGAGACUGGCGCUGCGGCUGCCACGCUACAGCUUCGCGUGCCGCAUCACGAGCAGUGGCUAGACCACGGCACCGUGUUACGGCACGUCAAGCUUCACAUCAAGCACAGACACUGGACCAAGUGGGCCGCGAUGAAGGACCAAGGGAAGACCGCUCGCACCCACGGAGGUGCUGGAAGCGGCUUCCUCACGCGGCCUCGAGGCCUUUGGGAGUCCGACUACCGCUUUGCGGUAGCGGGGCGACUCAACCAGUUGGACACGCACAGUGUCCUCAAGCGCCGGCGUCUCCGAGCGCACGACAAGUGCAGGCACCCAGGGUGCGCGCGCUCAGAGACGCUGGCGCAUGUGCUGAACCACUGCUCAGGCACAAUGGACGCGGUCCGUGGACGCCACGACGACGUGCUCAAGACCAUCGAGCGCUCGCUCAUCGCGGCGUCCAGCGACAGCAAGGACCGGGUCGAGCUUCGCACGAACCAGACCGUGCCGUCGCUCGCCGGCCCCGCGCUACGGCCCGACCUUCAGCUGUAUAA